GUAUAUUUUCAAUUUAUUUUUUAACAGUAAAAACAAUAUAGUCACAUUAAAGCAAGUAUUUAAAAAACCCUCCUAUAAUACCACAAUCUUAACACAACUAUUUUUAUUUUACAAUUGUUCCCUUUUGGUCAUAAUUCAAAUACAUAUAUUCUAAAUGGGUAUUAUAAUAUUGUAUAUUCAUUUUCACAGUCUGAUUCUUAAUUUACUGUAUGCAUCAUGGAAACAUUUUCAAUAGCCGUAUGAUAUUCAAUCAUGUUGAUGUUCUAUAAUUAUUUUUUAUGGGAAAAGUUUUAUUUUUAUUUUAUUUUAUUUUUUUUUAUAUGGAGUCUCUCGCUCUGUCACCCAGGCUGGAGUGCAGUGGCUCCACCAAGAGGUGGAGGUUUCAGUGAGCCAAGAUUGUGCUACUGCACUGCAGCCUGGGUAACAGAGCAAGACUCCAUCUCAAAAUAUAAUAAUAAUAAUAAAAGUGGAUAGGAAAAUACCAAGAGCUUUUUCUGGGGGAAGGGGUAUGAGAAGAGAGUUCACAUGACCCUCAGUAAAAAAGAAACUACCCCUAAAUAUUUCCAGACAGAAAUACAAAGUAGGUGAACAGUCUCCAACUCAUCUUUAGUGUAGUGGAAUGCUUCUUCAGAAAAGAACAGCAACAUUCACAUUCAUUUCAUCAAUCUGGGUGGUAUAGUCCUGCUCAGUAUCUCUGAGGAUGUGGGAUGUUCUAUAAAUUAAACGUUCUCUUAUUUGGCAUUUAAGUUUUUUUUUUUUUUUUUUGAGACAGAGUCUUGCUCUGUCACCAGGCUGGAGUGCAGUGGCAUGAUCUCGGCUCACUGCAACCUCCACCUCCCAGAUUCAAGAUUCCCCUGCCUCCUAAGUAUUGGGACUAUAGGCAUGCUCCACCAUGCCUGGCUAAUCUUUUUUAUUUUUGUAGAGAUGGGGUUUCACCAUAUUGGCUAGUAUGGUCUCGAUCUCCUGACCUCAUGAUCCUCCUGCCUCGGCCUCCCAAAGUGCUGGGAUUACAGGCGUGAACCAUCACACCUGGCCAGCAUUUAAGUUGUUUUUACUAAUUUUUUUUUAUUUUGAGACAGGGUUUCACUCUGUCACCCAGGCUGGAUUGCAGUGGCAUGAUUACUGCUUAUGCAGCCUCAACCUCCCAGGCCUAAGUGAUCCUCCCUCCUCAGCCUCUCCCAAAGUACAGGCAUAUGCCACCAUGCCUGGCUCAUUUUUGUAUUUUUUGUAAAGAUGAUAUCUCACUCUGUUGCUCAAGCUAGUCUCAAAUUCCUAGGCUCAAGUGAUCCUCCCAGCUCAGUCUCCUAAAGUGAUAGGAUUAUAGACAUGAGCCUCUAUGCCAGGCCUGGUUUUACUUUUUUUACUAUUUAAGGUUAUGCUCUGUUGAAGGUCUUUGUGCAUGUACUUAUUUUCUUUUGAAUUAAUCCAGAAAACAAAUUUGCAAAAUUGUACUGAGUCAAAGGAUAUAAAUGUUAAUCUUGCUCUAGGACAUCACUUCCUCUGCUUUAAAAAAGGGUUGUGCCUGACCAGGUGCAGUGGCUCACGCCUGUAAUCCCAGCAAUUUGGGGAGCCGAGGCGGGCAGAUCACUUGAGGUCAGGAGUUCAAGACAAGCAUGGCCAACAUGGCAAAACGCUGUCCCUACUAAAAAUACAAAAAUUAGCUGGUGUAGUGGUGCACACCUGUAAUCCCUGCUACGCAGGAGACUGAGGCACAAGAAUCACCUGAACCUGGGAGGUGGAAGCUGCAGUGAGCUGAGACCACUCCACUGCACUCCAGCCUGGGCAACAAGUGAUUUUUUGUCACAAAAUAAUUUGGCAACAAAUUAUUUUCUGUCUCAAAAAAUAAAUAAAUAAAAAUAAACUAAAUAAAAAAUAAAAAGAGUUGUGUCAACAUAGUGUUUUCAUAGCCAAGUUACUCAACCUCCUUGAGGCUCAAUUUCAUGAUUCAUAAAAUGGGAACAAUAAUGAUUAUAUAUCCCAUAGGGUUGUGAGGACCAAAGGAAAUGAAGCAUGUAAAGUAUUUGGCACUUAGUAACUGCUUAAUAAAUGCUAGCUAUCAUCAUUUCUUUUCACUAGCAGUUUAUCAACAUACUAUUUUUUCACAACCUCAUCAACAUUGGAUAUUAUCAACUUUAAACAUUUAUUCUAAAACAGUUGGUAUAGGCUGGGCGUGGUGGCUCAUGCCUGCAAUCCUAGCACUUUGGGAGGCCGAGGUGGAUAGAUCACCUGAGGUCAGGAGUUCAAGACCAGCCUGGCCAUCAUGGUGAAACCCCAUCUUUGUAAAAAAAGAAAAGAAAAAAAAAAAACAGUUGGUAUGAAAUUAUACUGAAGGGUGACUGCUGCUGUUCCUUUUCCCCCCUCCUCGCCUUUCUUCUUUUUCAGUUGGAGAAGGAGACCAACAGGAGAGGAUCAGGAACCUGAAAUAAAAAUGACCCUUUAAAUUGAGAUACACUGGAUUUUUUAAUAUUUUUUUCUUAUUUUUGUUUUGUGUCUUUUCUUUAUAUACACUGGUUUUUAUAUGCAAUCCUUGCUUCCUCAGAGGACAGAGCUAGAAAAAAUGAUCAAAGGACAUAGGAAAUAAUAACUAUUAAAUGCAUGCUGUUAUUUGAAUGAGCCUUGCCCAAGGUCCCCGUCUUUCACUGAAUUCUUUGAAUAUAUUAUAUUUAUUGAAUAUCUAGUACGUGCUAUUCAGUAGGAGACAUUGCAGCUACACUGUGAACAGGACCAGGAGUCUCUACUUUCAUGGAAUUUACAUACUAUUAGGGAGGAAGAUAUAUGUGUGUCUAGAUAAAUGCACUGUAGGGCUUUGUAUGUAAGGAAUUGAAUUUUAUUCUGAAUAUAGGAAGCCAGGAGUGAUUUAUAAGCACAAGAGUUAUUCUGAAAAUAAAAAACUCUAUUUGCUCUGUGGGAAAUGAAUUGGAAAUGACAAAACUGGAAGCUUGUGGCAGAACUGAAACAUAAUCUAUUGUACUGACUUCGAGGAAGGAAUAAGUAUUCACCUAGCAAGCAUUUGCGUGCCAACCUGUUCUAAACGGUGAGGAUGAACCAGAGUUCCUGCCUUCACGGUGUGCACACACUAGCGGCAGAAGACAAGACACAGCACGUGUGGCUGUGCAGAGGGCUUGGCUGCAAGAGCUGAUAAGGAGAACCCCGGGAACUGCCUAAUUCAAAAGCCCUUAAUACAGCCACGUGAGUGGGGUGACCAUUGACCUUAACCAAAAAGAUGUCAAGGUUUUCCUCCUCCUCACUCUAGCGUCCCCAGUCUCAGGGGGAGUCUCUCAGCUCAACCCCAGCAGCCUCAGCACAAACCGCGAGGAGAGACAGCUUCCGGGGGCGGGGCCUGGUCUUGUUCCGCGUCUACCGCGCCUGCUCCACGGACGAAACCCGCGGACUGGGCUUUAGGGUUGCCGGAAUCCCACGCUCCCGACUUCUGCUUCCGGGUCACAGCCAUGGCGGUGGCAAAUUCAAGCCCUGUUAACCCCGUGGUGUUCUUUGAUGUCAGCAUUGGCGGUCAGGCCUUCUGACAGUCUCCCGCUGAUUGCAGGAAGUUGGCCGCAUGAAGAUCGAGCUCUUUGCAGACGUUGUGCCUAAGACGGCCGAGAACUUUAGGCAGUUCUGCACCGGAGAAUUCAGAAAAGAUGGGGUUCCAAUAGGAUACAAAGGAAGCACCUUCCACAGGGUCAUAAAGGAUUUCAUGAUUCAGGGUGGAGAUUUUGUUAAUGGAGAUGGUACUGGAGUCGCCAGUAUUUACCGGGGGCCAUUUGCAGAUGAAAAUUUUAAACUUAGACACUCAGCUCCAGGCCUGCUUUCUAUGGCAAACAGUGGUCCCAGUACAAAUGGCUGUCAGUUCUUUAUCACCUGCUCUAAGUGCGACUGGUUGGAUGGGAAGCAUGUGGUGUUUGGAAAAAUCAUCGAUGGACUUCUGGUGAUGAGAAAGAUUGAGAAUGUUCCCACAGGCCCCAACAAUAAGCCCAAGCUACCUGUGGUGAUCUCACAGUGUGGGGAGAUGUAGUCCAGACCAACACUGAUUCAGGUAAGUGAGUCUUUCUCCUAUUAGGUUAGGAGUCAGACUCCUGAGAAGGCAGCAUGGUCUAGUGGAGAUAAGUUUAGUCUUGAAGACAUGAGAUUGAGCCCAGUUCCUGUGUGUGUGACCUUGGAGUAGUCACUUUCCUUCUCAGAGCAUCUUUCUUCAUCUGUCAAAUGGGAAUUCUGUAAUACCUAUCUCUCAGAGUCAUUGUAAAGAUCGAAAGAGAAAGGGUUGUAGGACCACUUUACUUUUCUGCCACUUUGUAAUAUACAGAGCAUCAAUCGGAAGACCACUCAGGCAGUUUCUAAUAGCACUCUUAGACUACAGUUCCAUUCAGUAGUCCCCCUAGAAAGACCUGGCUCCAGACCUGAGUGGGACCAACCUGGGCAGGGACCAACCUGGGCAGGCUGGAGACACACUUGUCAUGCCUCUCAUCAGAACUGGUACUGCAAUUCCAGGCCUUGACUUGAUAUUUGCCAGCCUUGUAGGUGAAUGCCUCACAUUGUCCAGCCUAUGUGGACUCACUUCUUACCCAUAUUUGCUACUGCCUGCUCUGCACUGGGCAGCAUGCUAGCUGCAGAAAGGGGGACAAAGGAAAGAUGUCUCCUUUUAGGAGCUCAUGGGAAAUAAGACAUUCUCCUAGCUGAUCACUAGUAAUAUGAGUGACAUUGCCAAGUGUGAGAAGAGUACAAGGGAGAAGUCCAUCCCUUCCAGCUGGGUGAGGGCUAAUGUUGUUUUGUUGUUUUUUUCUUUUUUUGAUUUUCAAGCCUGCAAAAAAGUCAGAAGAAUAAUACCUGAACACCCAUAUAUCUUCACUUAAAUUCACCGUGGUUAACAUUCUUGUUUUGUUGUUUUGCCUUGACAUUUGUUUUUUUCUUUCUCUUCUUGCCGCCUCACCCAUUUCCAUUGCCUCUCCUCCUCUCUCCUGCUCCUCUUCCCUUUCUCCAUCCUUUCCUUUCUUUCUUCCUUUCUUCCCAUCUUCUUUCCUUUUUCCUUUCUUCUUAUCUUUCCCAUUUGAAAGUUGCAGACUUCUUGACACUUUACCCGUGAGUAUUUCAGCAAGGAACUCCUAAAAAUAAGAACAUCCUACGUAACCACAACAUUAUAUAUAGUACAUUUUCAAACUUCCCCACUUAUCCCAAAAGUAACUUUUGUAGCUUGAGAAAAGGUAAUCCAAUCAAGGGUCCCAUAUUUCAUUUCGUUUACACAAGUAACAUAAUACACUCUCAUUGUGGAAACUUUCACACCAAACAGAUAAAGUGAAAGCCCCUCUUGACAACACCCCACCUCCAACUCCACUCCCCAUUCCAGAGGUCACUUUUUUUUUCUUUUUUAACCCUGCAGAAAAACAGAGGUCACUUCUUUAUCAGUUUGAUGUAUGUCCAUCAGAGCUUUGCUUGCCCAUCUUAUUUUGGGAGAUUUUCUUUUUCCCAAAUGAAAUUAUACUAUAUUUUUCAUUUUCUAAAAAAUUAUGUCUUGAAAACUCCUUCUUAAUAUGUAAAACCACCUUGUAUUAAAAAAUGAAAAUAGCCUGUCACAGUGGCUCACGCCUGUAAUCCCAGCACUUUGGGAGGCCAAGGAAGGUGGAUAGCUUGAGCUCAGGAGUUGGAGACCAUCUCGGGCAACCUGGCGAGACCUCGUCUUUCAAAAAAAAAAAUUAGCCACGUCUGGUGGUGCAAGCCUGUAGUCCCAGCUACUCAGGAGGCUGAGGUGAGAAGAUUACUUGAGCCCUGGAGUUUGAGGCUGCAGUGAGUUAUGAUGGCGCCACUAUACUCCAGCCUGGGUAACAUGGUGAGACCCCAUUUCAAAAAAAAAGAAAAAUCAAAACUUCAGUGCAGGCUGAGAAUCCCUAAUCCGAAAUCCCAAAUGCUCCAAAAUCUGAAACUAUUUGAGCACUAACAUGAUAUCAAAAGUAGAAAAUUCCACACCUGACCUCAUGUGAUGGGUCAUUGUCAAAAAUUUGUUUCAUGCACAGAAGUAUUGAAAAUAUUUUAUAAGAUUACCUUAUACAAUAGCUCUAAGUAGCUAGGACUACAGGUGUGUGCCACCACGCCUGGCUAAUUUUUAUAUUUUUUGAUAGAGAUAGGGUUUCACCAUGUUGGCCAGGCUGGUCUCUAACUCCUGACCUCAAGUGAUCUGCCCACCUUGGCCUCCCAAAGUGCUGGGAUUAUAGGCAUGAGCCACUAUGCCCAGCUGAAUAUUAGUUCUUAAUUUUAUGUGUUGUGAUUUUUUUCUUCAGAAUACAUUUUAAGAAAAAAAUUAUUAUUGUGUUGCAUAAGUUUGGUAAUUUUAAAAAUAUAUAUAUGAUAUUCUUUGUUAAAGAGAAGUUCUAAAUUUUGAUGAGGUCAAAAUUAUCAGUCUUUUAUUGCUUUUCUGUUUUGUCUCAUUUAAGAAGGUCUUUACUACCUCAGAUCACAAGGUUUUCCGUAUUUUUUCUAGUAUUUCUUUUUAUAUGGUGGAACUAAAAUCAUUUUUCUAGCAUUUUUAUAGUUUUAUUUGUAUAUUUACAAAAUCAUCUAAAAUUAAUUUUUCUGUAUAGUGUUAAGAUAAGACUUUUUCUUGUCUUUUUUACAAAUGGAUAUCCAGUUAGAUACCUGACCAUUUUAAUGACCCUACACACAUUUGUUUGUGACCAACUCUGUGUUCAGAAUAUCUGGCACAUACAGGCAUUUGGUAAAAAUUUAUUACAUGAGUUAAGUAGAGAGGGAGAAUGUCAGGCAUUUUAGGCAGGGAACUGGUGUGAGCAAAUGCUGAGACUGGAAUGUACAAGUGUGUGCUGGGAGCUGCAUGUGGACCUCUCUUGUUUAGCCUGUUGAUCCCUUCUCAGGCCCACUUGACACCCUGAGCUUUGCUUUCUGCCAGUACUGGGUGCCCCUUGGUUCAGCCUGCUCUCCCUCUUCUUUUUUUUUUAAAGAUGGGGUUUCACCAUGAUGGCCAGGCUGGUCUUGAACUCCUGACCGCAGGUGAUCCCCCCAACUUCAGCCUCCCAAAGUGCUAAGAUUACAGGCGAGAGCCACCGCCCCUGGCUCUGCUCUCUGUCUUCAAUGACUGCUGGCCAUUCCCUCCCUCUCUUACUCAUUUCUUUGCUGUAACCAAAGUUAAGUUCAUGGGUCCUUUCUUUUCAAAGAUUGACCACUAAUCAUUACCGCAGGGCAAAAGAUAACAAAAAGAAUAAAAUUUAGAAAUUCUUGCCGGGCGCAGGUGGCUCACGCCUAUAAUCCCAGCACUUAGGGAGGCCAAGGCGGGUGGAUCACGAGGUCAAGAGAUCGAGACCAUCCUGGUCAACAAGGUAAAACCCCGUCUCUACUUAAAAUACAAAAAUUAGCUGGGCAUGGUGGUGCAUGCCUGUAAUCCCAGCUACUCGGGAGGCUGAGGCAGGAGAAUUGCUUGAACCCAGAAAGCGGAAGUUGCGGUGAGCCGAGAUUGUGCCAUUGCACUCCAGUCUGGGUAACAACAGCGAAACUCCAUUUCAAAAAAAAAAAAAAGAAAGAAAGAAAUUCUUUACAUUGGGGUCUCUUUUCUAUAUCUUUUUGAGUCUUUUACAUAAAGUUACUGGAAGUCCUUGUUGGGGUUUUAUUUCUGAAGAUGGGGAUCACCAACUGUUAGCAAAAGUUAUAUGAAUUUUGCCUCCAAGAAAGCUGUUCGUCUCAGCUUGCAGCGCAACCCAAGCAGAACACAUUCUUCAGGUGGCCAUUGUACAUUCCAAAGGCCCUCUAGACCAAGACUGUCCAUGGACUGUGACGAUGGAAAUGUUCUAGAUCUGGGAGGUCCAGUAUGGUAGCUACCAGCCCCAUGUGAAAACAAAACACUUGAAAUGUGGCUGGUUCAUCUGAGGGACUAAAUUGUUAAAUUUUUAUUUAUUAUUUAUUUUUAUUGAUAGAACUAAGCUGUAGUUUAUUACAUUUAAAUUAGUCCAGAUAUGGUGGCUCACACCUGUAAUCCCAGCAGUUUGGGAGGCCGAGGCAGGUGGAUCUCUUGAGGUCAGGAGUUUGAGACCGUCUUGCCAACAUGGUAAAACCCCCUCUCUACUAAAAAUACAAAAAUAAGCCAGGCGUGGUGGCACAUGCCUGUAGUCCCAGCUACUCCGGAGGCUAAGGUACAAGAAUCUCUUGAACCUGGGAGGCAGAAACCUCUGCCUAGAUCGUGAGCCGAGAUCGUGCCACUGCGCUCUAGCCUGGCUGACAGAGUGAGACCUUGUCUCAAAAAUAAAUAAGUAAAUUUAAAAAAUAGUAAAUGUAAAGAGCCAGUUGUGACUAGUGCUACUGUACCAGACAGCAAGCUCUAAACUUAGCAACCCAGUCUACUUGUCCUGGCUUGCUCAGAACUGAAUCUCGUAGCUAAUACUAGGGACCCUAUAAUUAAAGCAGUUAUCUUUCAUUGAAUUCUUCCUGUGCCCACAUGAUGAGCUAAGAACUUUACUUGAAUUAUCACAUUUCACUUUACCAAAAAUCCCUAUCAUAGGUUUGAAAGUGUUAGGGAAUCUGGGCGGCGGUCUCAUGCAAAGGGGUUAGGUCCACAGAUGUCUGCCCUGUUUUGGGUUUCUGAAUAAUGUGAUUUGGGAAACAUUAAUGAAAAGAGGAGAUGAAUUUCCCAGGGAACAGGGGUCUGGAGGGAAGGAAGGUGGUAUUUUUAAGCCCUGUUGGGUAGUAUUUCUUUUACUUUAAUGUGCAUAUGGAUUUCCAGGAAAUUUGUUAUAAAAUGGUGGUUCUGAUUUGGUGGGUUUGGGUGGGGGGUAAGAUUCUGCAUUUCUAAUCAGCUCUCAGGUGAUGCUGAUGCAGACUUUGAGAGGCAAGGCAAUGGGGAGUAAGAGUCUAUCUUUUAAUUGAGAACUUGCCAUAUUCCAAAGGAAAAGACCAAGGAAAUAAUCUCUUGGUGGCACUAGUCUAGCAGGAAUCCAUUGCAUUCAUAUCAGGUAUCACCUAAUCCUGCAUUUGAGGCCUUGUGUGAAACAGCUAGGAAGGAGACAGAAGAUGUCACUUGAUCAGUUCUACCUCCCUAUGGAGCACUUCUUUCCGGAACCUUUGUGUUUUGCCUUCCUAGGUUCUGACUUUGGUUUUAGUGAAAAUGAAGUUUUCUGUACAACUUUUUUUUUUUUGAGAACAAAGUCCCACUCUGUCAUCCAGGUUGGAGUGCAGUGGCACAGUCUCAGCUCACUGCAACCUCCACCUCCCUGGUUCAAGUGAUUCUCAUGCCUCAGCCUCCCAAAUAGCUGGGAUCAGAGGCAUGCACCACCAUGCCUGGCUAAUUUUUUGUAUUUUUAGUAGAGACAAGGGUUUCACUAUGUUGGCCAGGCUGAUCUCGAAGUCCUGACCUCAAGUGAUCUGCCUGCCUUGACCUCCCAAAGUACUGGGGUUACAAGCGUGAGCCACCAUGCUUGGUCUGUACAAUUUUAGAUAUAGAAACCUUGGUUUUAUCUCAGUGGGUUCUGGGAGUUUUUUGGUUUUGCUUUUGUGUUUUUGUUAUUUGUUUUGAGACGGAGUUUCACUCUUGUUACCCGGGCUGGGGUGCAAUGGCGCAAUCUCGGCUCACCGCAACCUCAGCCUCCUGGGUUCAGGCAGUUCUCCUGCCUCGGCCUCUGGAGUAGCUGGGACUACAGGCGCGCGCCACCAUGCCCAGCUAAUUUUUUGUAUUUUUAGUAGAGACGGGGUUUCACCAUAUUGACCAGGAUGGUCUUGAUCUUUUGACCUUGUGAUCCACCGCCCUCGGCCUCCCAAAGUGCUGGGAUUAUAGGCGUGAGCCACCACACCUGGCCGGUGUUUUUGUUUUUUCAACAGGGUCUUACUCUGUCACCAAGGCUGGAUUGCAGUGGCAUAGUCACAGCUUCCUCAGUGAAUCCUCCCACCUCAGCCUCCUUAGAUGCUGGGAUUAUAGGUGUGCCCUACCACACCCACCUAACUUUUUAAAGGUGAGCUCUCUGCUGGGCGAGGUGGCUCACACCUGUAAUCCCAGCACUUUGGGAGGCUGAGGCAGGCAGAUCACAAGGUCAGGAGAUCAAGACCAGCCUGGCCAACAUGGUGAAACCCCCUCUCUACUAAAAAAAAUACAAAAAUUAGCUGGGCGUUGUGGCACGCUUCUGUAGUCCCAACGACUUGGGAGGCUGAGGCAAGAGAAUUGCUUGAACCUGGGAGGCAGAGGUUGCAGUGAACCAAGAUCAUGCCACUGCACUCCAGGCUGGCAACAGAAUGAGACUCCAUCUCAAAAAAUAAUUUUAAAAAUUUAAAAAUUAAAGAAAAAAGGUGGGGUCUUGCCAUGUUGUCCAGACUGGUCUCAAACUCCUGGCCUCAAGCCAUCUUCCUACCUCAGCCUCCCAAAGUGUUGGAAUUACAAGCAUGAACCAUUGUACCCAGCUCUGUGAAAACUUUUUAUGAUGAAUUUGGUUAUGUAUAGCAUAAAGAACCUCUACCCUCAGGAUUCUCCUGCUGUAGCCUGAAUGGGUUCUUUGCUACUUACAUGGGAGAGGGUGGCACCUCUGAAUUCUGGCAACUCUGCUAGUCUGGUAUGCUGCCCCACUCCCUGUGAUCCCCAAACCUGGUACCAAUAUCAAGUGGUAGAGAGCUUUCCUUAAUUCAUUGUUGCCUAAAUUCUCCAACAGAUAAUAUUCAUUUGGGGGCACUAGUUAAACCUUCGAAUUCCCAAAUCCCUUCCCUGGAGUGUUUGAUGGAGUGGCUUUGAGGUGAGACCCAGGUUGUUAUGUUUGUAACAAGUAUCUCAGGUGCUUCUUAAUAGAGAAGUGUCGGAAACAGUUUAGUUAGUGCUGGGAUGACUUUUAUUUUAAUAUUUGGAUCUUAGAAAAAAAUAUGUAAUUGGCACAAUACAUAAUUUUUGUUAUUACAGCUUACAGUGAGGUAAUAUUGAAGUUCAUAUAGUGAUUAGCUUAAAAAAGAAAUUGUACCUGUGGAUGAUAGAUACUGUAACAGUUGUGAAAGUGCUAAUUGAAUGACUGAGGUUUAGGAAACACUGUCUUUCAUUCUGGAAUUACCUGUAGAUGUGAAACAUUCCCAUAGGGGAAGAUUAGGAAGGAUGUGUUGGUGGCAGUUGGGCUGGUCCUCUAUUCAUUCCACAACCAAGCCCUGAUGAAUUAAGAUAGAUCCCAUGCUGCAUAUGAGGCUACAGAUUUGAAAAGCCGAGUUCCUUCCUUCAAGGAACUCAGUCUCUUGGGAGAACUGACAAUUAUAUUACAAUAAAGCACUGUAUUGGAGGUUUUAGAACAAGGUAAGGAAAGCAGAAAUGCCUUGAUCUUCCUGGGGUGGUUGAGAAGACUACAGAAGAGAUGAUGCUUCAGUUUAGUACAAGGAAGAAUAUAAUUUGUCAGUGGCUAAAACUGGAGAGGACAUUCCAGGCAGAGGGAACAGCCUAUGCAAAGUCACAAAGGCGGGAAACAGUAGGAAGUAUAGAGGAAGCUGCAAAUAAUCAAUUUGACUGAAGCAGGAAGAUAUGAAAAGCAAAUGGUAAGAAUGUUGGAGAGAGGCCAGGGCCAGUACUAAGCUUAGCGAUUCAUAUGUUAUCCUGAGGCCAGGGGCUGACUUUCAGACAUGAAGUAUUUUUUCCCCUCUGGGGAAGGAGUGCAUUAUGCUCCUCUGAGAUUCUCAAAAGGGACACUGAUCCUCCAAAAAAGAAUCAGGCCAGUCGGAGCCACUGAAGGAUUUUCAGCAGAAUAUUGUAGUUGAAUUUUCAUGUUCAGAAGGUGAUUGUGGCAGCAUUGUGGAGGAUGGGCUUGAGGCCAGGGGGAGUCCCCUGCAGUAGUAGUCCAGGCAAGAGAAAAGGUUUCACGUGAAAACGUGCGUCUGGGGAGCACUGGAGGUUUGGCAGCAAAUAUUUACGUGCCUGCUGGGCAUGUGACACUGUUCUCUGUCCUGACACUCAGAAGCUCUGCCAGCUGAAAAGGCCAGGGAGGAGAGAAUGUUUGGCUCCAGUCCAGUCCAGUCCAAAGGCAGAGCUGCUUGCAUUGCAGCCAAGUCUUACACACACAGAGGUUCCAUUCUCUUCAGUGGAAUACUAUACAGCCUUAACAAAAAGAAAGAUAGAUCUGGAUGUGUUGGCAAGAUUUCUAAGGUCAAUUAAGUGACAAUCAAGAUGUAGUAAUUCAUGCAAGCGUGAUACUGUUUAUUCUGAAUGACUUCCAGGAAUCUCUGCAGUGAUAUAUAGCAGACUGUUGAUAAUACUUCUGCAGAGUAGAGAUAGCAGAGAGACUUUUCAGUUGCCUUAUUUAUGCUUGAAUUUUCUACAUUGAACAUGUGUCUUAUAACAGAAAUACAUCCUGUUUAUAUGUAGUUUUAACUAAUCCUGAAUCCUCCCAGCACCUCCCAGGAGCCUGGCCACAGCUGUGGCUAACGUCAGUUGUGAAUCCAUCCCUGAUCCCUCCAUCUCCUCUUCCAGGUCUAAUCCAGUCAGUGGCUCCCACCUGGGUGCUCCCUUGGUUCAUCUCUCCAUUGGGGCAUUGAACACACUGUCUCACAAAUGUGUUGGUCUGUUUUUCCCUGGACUGAGAACUUCUUGAAGCAAGGACCAUGCUGACUAAUGUAGUGCCUGGCCUGACACAGCUUAGGUCCUGGCACACUAUGCAACUUACAAAGUACAUUUGUACAUUUCAUACCUUUCUUGGGGGCCCACAGUUAACCUUCAGUCUGUGCCUGCAGUACAAUGCCAGUACUCAUUGUCCGCUGAAGGAAGGGGUGGCUGUGUUUGAGGAAUGGCAGGAGGAGGGGGACAAUAGUAUCUGAGUGUACUCACUCUGCUCUCUUAGUGUAGCUUGCUCGACUUCAAGGCCAUAAACCAAGAGUGUGGACUGCCCUUUCUUUCUACCCUGGGACCAAAACCUGCAAGGAAGAAGGAUUGCUCUUUGUUCUGGACAUCCACAGAGAGCUGUCAGAGUCUGACAGAAAGGACAAAGGCUUUGGAGCCAAGUAGACCAGGAAGCCCCACCACUGUCUAAUUCUGUGACUUUAGUCAAGCUAUUAAACCCCUUGGCACCCUACUUCACUCCUUUGCAUAAUUAGAUAAUAUAUUAUGCACAGAGUUGUGAAGGGCAAAUAAAUGAGACAGUAUGCUUGACCAUAAAUGUUACUUUACUUCUUCUUGGUUCUUUUGUAAUAUACUGCUCAACUUUGCUCUGGGGAGCCAAAGGUCUGACCCAUGGUGAGAAUAAGACCUGUUCUACCCUUUUGGGAAAAGACGAUUAGGAUAGUAGAGAAUAGCUGGGAGUGGCCAGGUGUGGUGGCUCAUCCCUGUAAUCCCAGCACUUUGGGAAGCUGAGGCGGGUGGAUCACAAGGUCAGGAGUUUGAGACCAGCCUGGCCAAUAUGGUGAAACUCCAUCUCUACUAAAAAUACAAAAAUUGGCUCGGGGUGGUGGUCGGCACCUGUAGUCCCCAGCUACUCAGAAGGCUGAGGCAGGAAAAUCGCUUGAACCUGGGAGUUUGAGGUUGCAGUGAGCCAAGAUCACACUACUGCACCCCAGCCUGGGCAAGAGCCAGACUCCAUCUCAAAAAAAAAAAGAAUAGCUAGGAGCAUUGUCUCUUAUGGGAUGUCCCCUUCCAGUUCCUCUGAGGUGCUUACCUUCCCAUCCCACACUGACCUCCAUGUCUCUGCCAUUGUAGGCCUUCCCUUGCUCUUGGUGUUCUUGAGUAAGAUAAUCUGGACUGGCUCUCGUGUUUGCUUCCCUGCCUGCUGCUGCCCCAUUUGAUCAAGAGACCCUGGAAGUAUCAGAGAUUCAGAAUCCAAGAUUGUCUUCAAGUGUUCAUCUGUAAAUAAAGUUUUUUUUUAUGUGUA